AUGGCUUUGGACAUGUUGGGGGUCAAGUAUACCCCUUGCUUCGCAUGCGAAUCCCAGAAACAUCUCAGAGUUCUGUCGCAGGAAAUGCAUGGUUACUGUCAUAUGUAUGUGGAUGUUUGCAGCGACCAAUUCCUGUCAUCACCUACAUGCGAUCUGUUUGUCUCAGGAUUCCCAUGUCAACCAUUCAGUGCGGCAGGACUUGGCAGAGGUAUCAGUGACAAGACUUCGGGCAAAAUCAUGAUUUCGCUGGCCAGGUGGAUUGCGGUUCACAAACCACGAGCAUUUGUCCUCGAAAAUGUACAAGGACUGGUGCAACGCCAUCCCAGGACUUUGCUCACAUUGAUGACCGUCCUGCAAGGUCUGCAUGAUCAUCGUGGCUCACAGCUGUACAAUGUGUCAUGGAAGAUCCUGCAUUGUGCAAAGCACGGCUACCUACCCCAGAACAGGUCCAGGCUGUUCAUUGUUGGUCUUCGCUCUGAUUCCCAAGUGUCUCCUAUGACGUGGCCUACUGAGGUUCCCACUACGCCGCUACGCAACUUGUUGAAAACGAAGUUGACUAAGACAAGAGCAGCUGAACUAGGCAUUGGUGUUGGCUCCCUCAACGCCUCAGAGCGUACAAACCUGAUCGAAGUCCUCAAAAGACUCCGUGCUCGGGGCGAGGACCCUGCCGAGGCCUGGGUUGCGGACCUCGGUGGCUCAAGGGCAGCAAUGAUGAAGUCUAUGUGCCCAACUCUUACUAGAACACGUUCGCAAUCUGGAGGCUUUUGGAUGACAUGGUUGGGCCGCAAAAUGACAACAAAUGAGAUUCUGAGACUACAAGGCAUCCAUCCUCAUUCUAUCCCCUGUGGGUUGGUGUCUGAGAGGCAAGUGCGCGGUGCAGCCGGAAACAGCAUCCCAGUUCCACUUUUAGCACGCGUGCUGCAGGGAGUUCUUCCCAGUGUCGGAUACAAGGUCUGACCAGGUCAGUGAAACAUCAU